AUGGGGGAACAUAACCAUGUGGCCUACCGCGGAAACGGCGCGCCAUUCCCAAGGGCCAAUAUCAGGCACCCCAUCGACUAUGUCCAGGUAGUAUUUAAUGGCUGCAUAGCAUUCGGAGCUCUCUUCCUACUCGCACGCUUCGUACAGCUGGUGCAAUACGACGUGCAACUGCAGCGGGCGCAGCAGCAUCUCGAAGACGCAUUUACUAUCCAGCAAUGCGCAAAGUACUAUGAAGAAAACAGAUGCGGGGGACAAAAACAGCCGCCGGCACUCGCAGAGCGCUGUGCACGGUGGGCCCAAUGUAUGGCGCUGGAUGCGCACCCGACGUCAGACGCGUCCGUCCGGCUAUGGGCGCGCACACUGGCUUCCACACUGAAUGAGUUCACAGAGCAGGUAUCGCUGCGCACAGUUAUCGUGCUGCUGGUAUGCACCCUGUCGGUUAUCCUCGCGGCAAACUUCGCGUUCGGCACAUACAGAGUCUAUUACGUACAACAAAGGACAUAA